ACCUGUCACUGCUAGCAUAAUAGCAUAGCUAACUAGCUAACAGAAGUGCCUGCCUGCUCCUGGAAAAAAACAACACCGUCCUACGCCGGUGGGACACUUGUCAUCAUCAUGGCUGUGUUGUGGUGUAGAUUCUGACAACUAACGCCAAGAUGAUGAACGACAUCAUAGAGGAACCAGAGAAGGACACCUUGCUGGAAGCGCAGCCGGAGCCUCAAGUUUUGUCGGGGCCCAGUAAUGGCACAAGACCUAAGACCGCCGAUGGAGGGAUCAGGCCUGUGGAGAAAAGAGGACCUUACAUCAUGUCCAGAGCUCCAGCAAUCCACCUCAAACUACAGAAACACCGGGAAAUGGCGAGGAAAGCACUGAAGAAGAAAGCCCUUUCACCCGGACCUCCAGUGAUGCACCAGCCCAGGCAAGGAGUUAAGAGGACGGUGAAGUUUAACAAGGGCUACGCCGCUUUGAGUCAGCACGCUGAGGACACUUUGGUUGCACUGGACUCAGACAGUGAUGAAGAGAUCGAUUUUGAGCAGUAUUCCUCAGGAUAUUCUUCAGCUGAGGUCCAUCCUGAUUUAAGCAGGCAGCUGCUUCAGGAUGGCUACCGUCUGGAUGAGAUCCCCGAUGACGAGGACCUGGACCUGAUUCCGCCCAAAGCCAUGGGCUCCUCUGCGUGCUGCUGCCCCGAGGGCCCGUCCUGCUCCAUGCAGUGAUGCCGGUGCUGUGAUUCGAACCUUUUCAAAGGCUUGGCACCAGUUCUGUCCCUGACUUUGGUCACUGGUGCCUGAGGCCCUCUUUCUGACCCAGCUCCACUGCUGUGCUGCCUGAGGACUUCCAGCUCUGAAGCCAAACUUCUGUUUAUGCAGGACUACGUGCACCAGGAUCGCUGAACCCACAUGAAAAUGCGAAUGGACAUAAGAAGCCUUAUUCACUGUGACCCCAAAGCUUGACCUAUUUUUUUUUUAAUUUUUCUUUUUUUUCUUCUUCUUCUUCUUCUUUUUAUAGAACUUGAUGAAAUGCUAACUAUGCCACUGCUCUAAAUAGAGUGGCAGAGUAAACCAUAAUUUGGGAUAUGUCGUCAUUGACCCAAUGGGGAGAUGGUUACUGUCUUUUCUGCUCUGGUGAACAGGUCUGCAGCCCUCAAAAGCACGACAUGCAUACAUAUGGUGUAUUGUGUUUUAAUGUUCCGGCCCUUGGCGAAUUUGAAACUUCCAGUUAUUAACUAACUGCUGUGUGAAGGCAACUCUGUUAUCAUCAGCUAUUGUUGCGUGGAUGGUUUUUGUUUCUUUACUGUAUCUGUCCUCAAAAAAGACUUUUUAAUUCCAAAAUGAGAUGGCCACCACUUUGGGAAAUAAAUGACACGGAGUUAAUUACAUUUUACAGGUCAUUGAGCAAACUGCUACAUACCAAGGACUCACUCAUCCUCUGCCUGUAGAAGAUAUACUUGGAGAGAAUAGCAUUAUGAAAAGUUGUCCUACAAAGGAAUUCACUGUUUUAAAGAGUAAUACCUACUCUUACCAGAUGUUACACUGCUGUGUAUGGCAAAAAUGUAGAUGCAGAUGAGUUACUUUGAUAGAUGAACCAAUGAUAUUUGAUUUACAAUCUCUGUAUUUACAAUCUCUGUAUUGUAGAAAUAAGUUUCAUUCCAGAACACAAUACCCUCCACAAAGAAAAAGCUGUUACAAAAAGAUUGAAAGCAAAAAUAUAUUUUAGAUUCCCAUACAAGUCAUCUUGUCAUCUUACAGCAUUUGAGUAUGUGGUCAGAUAAUGUACUGUAUACGUUUCUAAUUUAAAUGAUUGGUUUUUUUUUAAACGAUUUGGGGUUGAUGUUAAAAAAUCGAUUUACAUGACCUUUUUUGCCAAGAUGGAUAAGUUGCAUUUUGGAUUAGUACUCUGUCCAGGAUCUGAUAUAACUCUUAUAAAGGAUGUGUCAUCUUUAACACAUCACAGUGUGUGUAGAUGGCAGAUUUGAGUAACUAUUUUAUUUAUUUAUUCAUAUAUUUGUUGGGGACACUAAAACUAGUUGUUAGAGGUUAAAAACAGUAAACCACAUUUGCAUAAGGAUUGAGGCAUGUGUCUACCCUUAUUAUGUGUUAACCAUAUUUACAUACAUCAGUUUAAACUAUGUGUUGGUAUAUUUUAUGUUUGUGUUAUGAUGUGUCUGUUAGACACUGUUAUUCCACUUUAAAAAAAUGAUCUGUUCACUCAUGUUAGUCUGGUCAGAUUUUUGGUCUUGAAUUUUUUAACUGUGCAACAAAAAUUGUUCAAUAUCAGAGCAAGUGAAAAUGACGAGGAUAUUUUUUUGUGUGAGUGUGCAACUAUAAAGUAAUUUGGCUUUCACACACAUUGUAAAAUAAGCAGUUAGAUUGCACAACUGUUUAAGUCAGGAUAAAUGUGUGACUGAUGUUUUACUUACUUGCAGGCCACACUGUUAUUUCUCAUGCUGUGACGUUGGUUGUUACAAUGCGUAACUCUGUCUUAUAAAUGAAAGGUAUAGGAGACCACUUGGCCACCAUUAAAAAAAAAAAAAGUAUGGACUGGCAAGAAUAUGACAUUUUGUGCUAGAAAAA